AUGAAUAAUUUGUUCCAGCCAUCUGUCACUUGAUACCACACAGUGAGAAAAGCACAAGCAGACACUCGUGGGAUAAAGUCUUUACUGUAGUCGCUGUUUCUGUCUAGACUAGAGCAUCUACAUUCCUCAGAUAUUAGGUAUAAGAUUUUGUGAUUUUUGCUUCAGGAUGGAUCUUACAGAUAGCAGUAUUGAUCUUUGGAUAAGAUGCUUAGGAAACAAUUCUUUGCUGCAGCCUCUGUGGGACAGCCUGAGGCUCAACUACAGAGAUUAUUUGAGAUCUCCGCUCUUCCCCGUUGUUCUGACUGUGUCGUCCUAUUUUGUCUUGUGCCUUCCUUUUCUCAUGUGCGACAUCAUGGGGGACAGGUGGGCAUGGGUCCAGCAAUUCAAGAUCCAGCCUAGCCGACGGCCAACAGCCUCUAAGCUGCUGCAUUGUGCAGGUGUCACCCUGUACAACCACGUGUUCCUUGUACUCCCAGCAUCAGUGGCCCAGUGGGUGUGGAGGCCGCCUGUGGACCUGCCGGACCAGGCUCCGUCCCUGCUGGAGCUGAUCGCUGGAGUGAUAGGCAACCUCCUGCUCUUUGACUUCCAGUACUUCAUCUGGCACCUGCUCCAUCACAGGAUCCGCUGGCUGUACGUCACUUUCCACGCCAUCCACCAUGAAUACUCGUCCCCCUUUGCUCUCGCCACUCAGUGUCUCGGCGGCUGGGAGCUGGUCACAGUCGGCUUCUGGACCACCCUUAAUCCUGUGAUCCUGCGAUGCCAUCUUCUCACCACGUGGGCCUUCAUGGUGGUGCACGUCUACGUUUCUAUAGAGGAUCACUGUGGCUAUGAUUUCCCCUGGUCCACAUCACGUCUCAUACCAUUUGGCAUCUACGGAGGGCCCAGCAAGCAUGAUGUGCACCAUCAGAAACCCAACACCAACUUUGCACCACACUUCAGCCACUGGGACAAAAUAUUUGGCACGCAUGCUGAAUUCAGCUUCUGUACCCCUAUGAAAUAGAAGGCUGUUGCACUUUUGCUGGAAGCUAUGGAUAGACACCUGUAUUUUUAAUGUGUCUGUGUUUGUUUAUUCAAAUUAUCUGGAUAUGAAAAUAUAAAGAGGGGUAUGUUCAGGAGAAAUCUACAUUUUCCUUUACACUCAAAUAGAGGCAUGCCACUGUAUUGCAACAAUGUAAGAUGUGUUAAGAGUUUCCUGUAGCUUUUAUGAUAAUGAGCAAAGAAACUAUUAUUUGACCUUUGUGCAAUAUCUAAAUAAGACCUACAUGCAUCCAAGUGUGUCUGGUUUCUUUACACUGAAAGUGAUCCUGAGCUUUAGGCUUAUCUUACAUCCUCAUGUAAAUAAUCCAUCCUUUGAACCACUUUUUUGCACUCUUUACCAGUGUCAUGUUUCAUGUUAUCUAAUCUCAAUUUAUUUAGUUUUGUUUCAUUUCAUUUCAUUGUGUUUUCAAGCAUAGAGACAAAAUCAUUGGAGUACAUUUCCACUUUAAAUUUGCAUAGCAGGGAUAUCAUGAGUUAUAUAAUUCAGUUAUGUACAUUAAUCACACUGAUGUCUACAUAUUGAUAAUUUAGUGACCACUGAGACGGGCCUUGUAGGUUUUUACCUCUUAAGCAAUAAAUGAGCUUAAAUCUGGAUUUCUGUUGUGAUACCAAUGCGUCUUGGAUUUUUUUUUAGGUCAUGUAACCUGAUCAGUAAUCCCAGACUGGCACUGAUACUCUGAAAUGUUUUAUGUACGAGGGACAAGAGGGUAGACGUUAAUUUAUAUAUUCCAGCACUAGAUGCCAGCAAAGCACUACAAUUUCCAUUUUGACUGAACUAAACACACUUUUUUAUUUAACUGCACAAAUAAAUAAAUCACAAAUAAAAGCAAGUAGUUGGCU